CGGCUGCAGCGGCGACCACGACGUUGAGAGCCAAACGUGAAGAAGAAAAGAAGCACACGCACAGGCAGCAGUGGCACAAGAGUCUCUCGUUUUUUCCUUGUUGGUGUCUCGGUUUUUGGGUUUUUCAUUUUUUCCGUUUCCUAAGCUACUUCCCAGCAAGGGGAAGUAACAGAAAAACUCCUUUUCAUUAAAAUCCCAAACGAAGUUGCCAUUCCGGAAAGCGUCCGGCCAAGAAAAGCGGCACACCGCGUACCAUCCACAUCCGUCUCCUCUGCGUUCGCUUACCCGGCGCUUAGCCAGGAAUACGCUUUUUACCUAUCACCCGGGACGGGUGUGACGGGACCAUAAGACGAGAGACCACCACCACCACCAUCAUCAAGAAACGGUUCAGCUUUCCCUAAAGGCCAGUGUGUGUGGCAAACGCGGUGCAGGAACUAUAGUGCAAGCGAUAUUCGGAAGGAACAAUUUCCCUACGUAGAUAAGGUGGACAUUUUCGGGGCACACCACACUGCCAAUACUUUUACCAGAGCAGGUAGCACAGGUGUGUAGUCAUAAUAAGGAAUCAAGUAAGCCAGAAGUUUGAUGGUGUAUGAGCGAGGUGUGUAUUGAGAAAGGACGCAAUAGUUAGACACACACGCACUCACGCACACACUCGAUCUCGAGACACGGCGGAACAGCAUCACAGCGCUUCCGGAUCAGCUUGUGUCGCGUGUACUGCCGCUGCUGCUGCUGCUGCUGGGGCUAGUCGGUGUCGAUAAUACGUGGAAUCGUUGUGCGUCUCCGUCCGGGUUCGAACCAGUGGUCCAGUGCUCUCCCCGGCUCCAGUGGCCAGCUCAGCUGUGAUACCAUCAUUGCAGUCCUUACGGCAGCAACCUGGAGCAGUCUCAGGAGCAGUGCAAAACCAUGUUCUAUCCGCUGCAAACCCAAUUCGAUGAUGGUGUAAUCGAGCUAACUCGUUCCGAAAUGCUACAGCAGGAUCCACUAGUAGACAAUAAGCAUUUCGUGGUAUCGCUGUCCCUGGGCAAUACGCUCAUCAAUCUCAACAAAAUUAAGUGUCCACAAUGCCGGAAGCGCUUUGAUACAAUGGAAGAGAUGGAACAGCACCGGACCAAGCAUUUGACGGAGAACAAGUUUAAGUGCGAGAUUUGUAGUAAAGAAUUUCCCAGCCAUAGUUCCAUGUGGAAGCACACCAAGGCACAUACCGGUGAACGUCCUUUCGUGUGUCAGAUUUGCAACAAAGGCUUCACCCAACUGGCCAACCUUCAACGACAUGAUCUCGUCCACAAUGGACUCAAACCGUUCAAGUGUCCGAUUUGUGAAAAAUGUUUCACCCAGCAAGCCAACAUGCUAAAACAUCAGCUGCUUCAUACCGGACUUAAACCAUACAAAUGUCCCGUGUGCGAGAAAGCAUUUUCGCAACAUGCAAACAUGGUCAAACAUCAAAUGCUUCAUACAGGUUUGAAGCCAUACAAGUGUCCUGUUUGCGAAAAAGCAUUUACGCAACACGCCAACAUGAUCAAACAUCAAAUGUUACAUACUGGUCUUAAACCCUACAAAUGCCCUGUUUGCGACAAGGCCUUCACGCAACAGGCUAACAUGGUGAAACAUCAAAUGUUGCACACCGGCGUUAAACCGUACAAAUGUUCCACCUGUGGAAAGGCAUUUGCUCAGCAGGCCAACAUGGUUAAACACGAGAUGCUUCAUACCGGUAUUAAACCGUACAAGUGUCCCACCUGUGACAAAGCCUUUGCCCAGCAAGCAAACAUGAUGAAACAUCAAAUGUUGCAUACGGGACUAAAACCGUACAAGUGUGGUACAUGUGACAAAGCGUUUGCCCAGCAGGCCAAUAUGGUCAAACAUCAGAUGCUCCAUACCGGUUUAAAACCGUACAAAUGCAAUACCUGUGGCAAGGCAUUCGCACAGCAGGCCAACAUGGUUAAACACGAGAUGCUUCAUACGGGAAUAAAACCUUACAAAUGUUCGGUUUGCGAUAAAGCCUUUGCCCAGCAGGCCAACAUGGUUAAACAUCAGAUGCUCCACAGCGGAAUCAAACCGUACAAAUGUCCAACUUGCGAUAAAGCAUUUGCUCAACAGGCAAACAUGGUUAAGCAUCAGAUGCUCCAUACGGGCGAAAAACCAUUCAAAUGCAAAAGCUGUGAUAAGGCUUUCUCACAAAAUGCCAAUCUGAAAAAGCACGAAAUGGUACAUCUCGGCAUACGGCCCCACACCUGUCCUCUGUGUCCGAAGUCCUAUUCGCAGUAUUCAAAUUUGAAGAAACAUUUGCUGAGCCAUCAGAAGCAAGCGAUUAAGCAGGAGCAACAAAACGGCCAGGUGAUGGCCAUUCUCUACAGCUGUCAGACGUGCAAGAUGCAGUUUGAAGAUAUCAUCGAGUUCGAGCGCCACACCAGACACUGUGGCAUUAAUAGCGUACAGCAGCACAGUGUCAAGUUGGAAAACAUUAAGAGCGAGGUAGAUAUCGACGGUAGCUCGAAUUCGGGUAUGCAGCAACAUAUUUCCACCACCAAUGGCGGAGCAGCAAAUGGGGGGAACGGUAUCAGCGUUAGUCAAUCGCAGCCUCCAACACCGAUGCAUCUACCGUCGGCCAUCCUUACCUCAGUCAUCUCUUCGUCGGUUGGUUCUAACGUAACCGCACACAACCUAGCGCCAACGGCCCAUUCUCAUCACGGACAUGUGACGACGAACGGUGGUGGAAUACUAUCCGGCAUUCCGACCGGCCAUCCACACGCCCAGCAACAACACUCUCCACCAACGGUCGGUCUUCCUCAGCAUCCUUCCGCUCACGCUCAGCAGCAGCAGCAGCAACAACAACAACAGCAACAACAGCAGCAACAGCAGGCACAUCAACAGCAACAACAGCAAGGACAUCCGCAACAGCAACAGCUUUCACCGCUCAGUAGCCACCAGCAGCAUCUAAUACUGCAACAGCAACACAACCUUCCGAUCCAUCUGCAGCAGCAGCUAUCGCACCAUCUGAUCAGUUCACACCUGCCCCACCCGCAGGAUCACGGUGCGUCCGGUGACCUUCACCACCAGGUGAACUUCCACCAUCCACACAUCUCGCACCUGCCGAACAUAUCGCACAAGAUCCUUUCGCCACUGUUCCACAUUCCGCCGUUCAACAACAACCACAGCACAUAAUGGAACGCUUGCAAGGGACCCACGAUUCGGCCGCCGUCGGCGUCGGUUGUCGUUGAUUCGGCAGCCACACCUGCGCCGGCCGGUGUGUCCCUUCUGCCGAGCUCGUCGAUGAUGCUACCGUUUGUCGUGAAAGCGGAAAAGCCGGAUGAGGAGAACGGUGGCGCUGGUAGUGAGGCUGUUUGCGGUAAGUAAGCUGUCUGCAAUAGAUUUUCAUUACAAUCUCCAACAAAACGAGCCAGUCGCGAAACAUGGGCCUCACGGCGCAUAUGUGCCGGAGAGAUACAGGGUUUUUGGCAGCUCUACGUGUUGUAACUCUGUCCAGAAUAGCAAACAGCGCUAUUGCAUAGAUAUGUAACAUUGAGCAACAUCUACGCUGCAUUCUGCUUUCUCUAUAGUUUAGCUGUAGUUUGCCAAUGUUACAAAUGAAUAUUUUGAGGCAUAAGAUGUUCUGGACAAAGUUGCGGUAGAAAAAUCCCGCGCAUGGAAAACGCGCAUUGCUGAUACAAUAGGAGCGGGACUCCAAGCCAAGACGUUCUUUAAUACUCAGGAGGAAAUCAAGGAGGGACAAUCGGGAAAUGAAGGGAAAAGCAUACCGUAUCCCUCUCGCACUUUCCGCACUCCGUCAGUUUGCUGAUGGUAAUGAUGUGCUGUUUUAUUUUUAUACAUCAUCGUUAUUAGUUAACAUUGCGACUUACCAUAUUAUACAUGGUAAUGUGUUUUUUUUUUGGAGAUAGGUUUCUUUUGCCGUGCGCGUCGCCGUAACAUGCAAAAUUGUUUUACUAAGUCACGAACCUCGUACGAUGCAUAAGAACGCGUAGGGCUGAAAGGGAAAUGAUCCAAUGCAAAUGAAUUACUUCGUGGAGCAACAAAACAAAAAACGGCUUUUGAAAGAUAUACAUACAUAUGCGCACAUGGACACACACACAUCUAUAUAUAUAGGUAUAUAUUAGCUAACCGUAGUAUCGUGUAAAAUAGUCAUACAGCAAGAAAGAAUCGCCACAGCAAGGGGUCCGAAUGUCGAAUUGUGUGUAUAGUUUUAAAACAUGCUUUUUAAACUUGCAUGUUGCGCUUAUCUCUCUGGCUUUGUGUGUGUAUUUUGUAAGAGCACACCAAGGACUGUGGCGUUAGUCCCAAACCCGUGAAUUACUAAUAAGUAGCUAUAGGUUCGACGCCAUAGACGCGUAACAGUGAUAAAAGCGGUUAAAAGCGAUGCGGUUAGGUACAAGGUCUGUAAUACGACGAAAAGACUGCACAAGCGAUUCGUUAGUAAGCGACCAGGUAGACAGGAAAAAUGGAAAAGAAGCAGAGUAAGAGAGAGAGAGAGAGAUUAGAGACGAAAUAUGAAACAAAAAAGUGUGAUAGAACCUGACGGUGUGUGUGUGUGUGAAGGAUGUUCUAAAAAAGAUCUGCAGAUCAGUAGGUGAGGAGUGCCACAGUUUUUUAACAAUGUGUUGUUUCGCUUUGUCAUUCGUUCUACUCGCUACUUUAUAUAUCAAUCCUUCCUGGGUCGGCCUGCGAAAUGUGUGGGUUGAUCAAAAAACAGGAAAAACGAAUCAGAAAAGUAUAGUACAUUGUACUAAGACAGAGGGUGUGUCGUACAACAGUUGUGAUAUAUAUUACCAUAUUAAAUGUGAACAGAUUUUUACCUCUGCCUAUAGAAUCAGCCACCGUACGAUUGUUUCUUUGGAACUGGUUUACAAAAUUGUUUUUGUAUUGUUUUAUAAAUCCAUAUAAUUUGUAUUUGGUUGAAUGAAGAAUUAGAGAGAGAGAGAGAGAGAGAGAGAAGAAUUGUUAAUGAAUGCAACGUGUGUGCGUACGUUGAGGAGAAGGUAGCUACUACUAGUUCGAAGGAAGACUUAAUACAAGAAAGAAGAGUGUGAUAUCAUUAGUUGGCCUAGGGGGUUGAUAAUCAUAAAUGUGAGAUCUUGCUCUACUGCACUGCUAGCUACUCAACCAGCGGGAUGGUGAUCAAAACUGCGUUUCGGAGGCAUGUGGUAUGUUAGGCGGAACCUCGUAAAUACCAAUAGUAAGCUUGUUUAAUAGGAAUAAAAUACCGAUCGAUGCUGUGUUUGCACGUUUACAAUACUUAUCAUUAGGAAAACCUUGGCACGGUGAUAUCUGUUUUAUUACCGUGCUUAUUGUGCUGGUUUUUUGGUGGAAGUAUGUAUUUGUCGCUUUCCGUAUAACGAAUCACUACAACAAAUCAAUUAUUUUAGCGCUGUUGAGGGUAUUCCACAGCUGUCAUCCUUUUCGCCAUUAUUGGCUGUCCUCAACGAUGCUAGUCUCGGACGGUUGAUUGACAUUACAGUACACUAUUCGUAGCGUCCAUUUUAUUUUUUUGAGGAGAUUUAAAUACCUAAUUCAAUACAAACGAUCCCGUUUGAUGGAAGGCUGUAUGUGAGUAGGAAGCAUUAUAUGCGACAGUGUGCUGUCCUUAGUUGGUCGUUAGUUAAAUGUAAACUUCCUCAGCCCCACGGCCGCGUCCGUAGGUGUACCAUGUACAGCAACAGCGAAACCGAACAAAGCACGCACGUACUUGCACACACACACACACACACAUUAAACGAACAUACUAGUAGGGUAUUGUGUAAUUAGCGGAGAAAACACACUCAGGAGAGCAACAUAAGUUUAGAGCAUCAAUUUCCGGUGAAACUUGUCGAGCAAAGAUUAAGUCUGUGAAUGAGGAGAGCAAUAGUACGUAGAAUGUAGAUUGUAAAAAUGUUGUGAGAACAUAUGUAGUAGCAACUUAACGAUAGAAAAUCAUAUCGGAUUGCGGUAGUGAUAGUUCCCCCCAAGACGUUGCGCCUCUAACGCACAUACCCAGCUAGCGAUCAAAUUGCUUGGUUAUAUGCGGUUUGCUUUAACAGUCAGAUGGAGAAAUCAGAGGUUUCUCUAUGUAUAUUUGUUUUUGUUACAUAGUGUAGCCGUAUGAUCAUUUCGCUUAAUGUCUUCCAUAGAAUUCAAGCAUAUUUUAACCUCCAGAUUGAACAGAAAUGGAAAAAGUAUCCUUAAUUAUGGUGUUUCCUUCUUCGUUCUACUUUUCAUUUCACAACGUGUUUUGUUUUUUAUGUUUUUGUAUGUUUUAUUUAAAAAAACGUUACGUGUUCGGGCGUUAGAAACGUGAUCGCAUCGAGUUUUAAUGCUUUUGCUAACGGUCAUAAGGAGUUGGCAGCUGUUUAAGAUAUUUUGGAGGCUCCUCUGUCAGCUUUCUACAAUCAAUAUUUGUUCUUAUUUUUUGCCACCGCAAUACCGCUGCCGUGGCUACAGUGAACGUGCGAUGAACACACAGUUGUUUGUACAUCAACACAGUGGAACAUUUACAUUUGAAACGACCAAGGGCAGUUCUUUGUGUUUGUUAUAUGCGUCAUUGAAAAAUGCAAUUAUUUGCAAUAUUAAAAAAAUUUCAAUCUGGAAUGGAUUUAUAAAUUUGAUUUUCAGUAGCAAACAAUAACAAACAAACAAUUGGCAACGCGAUAAAUAUGAACCAAUUAAAUACAUUCAUUUUCGCAUCUGCUAUACGGAAAGGGAUUAUUUUUAAGCUGGUUAUAAUGAGCGUAGAAACGGUAAUUUUUAAAAUCACAUAUAAGAUAAAUUCUGUUCUUUAAGCCAUCAAAAGUAUCCAGCAGGAAAGAUACUUUACCGCAGGCAGGACCGUGACAAAAUCAAGGAUUGAUUAUCCGGCUACGUGGUAAAAUAACUGUAGUGAGCCAGAAAUGGUUGGCAUGACCUAGUAGAUCGUUACGCCAAGAAGACGAAGAUACUUUCGUUGCAAAACCUCAUGGAAAUAGAGUAACAAAUGGUGUAACAUGCGCGCUGUAGAAAUGAAGCCGAAAAGUAUGUCAUAGUAAGAAAGUAGAGCCACACGAGAAAAAAAACGUUGAAGCAACGCACAUUCCUACACCAUUAUGAAGAGAACACAUUGCUGUUAGUGUUUAGUCAACUUAAAUGAAAAUGCAAGAUGCGAAGAGCAGAGAGGUGUGCAGGAAAAAAUCGGACCUUAAUCAAAACUAGUUUUUAACAACAAAGGAAGAAAAAAAAACAGAAAUUAAAAAGAGAAGCCAAUCAACAAAAAAAGCUGCUAUACAGCUAUAGGAUCUUCAAAAUAAUGCGUAGGUUUUGAAAAGUGUCCCCCCCUCUUUAUGUCCUCAUCACACCCGUUACUUUACCAACCACGUUCACGUUCCCUGCUAUAUAGGUGGUAUUUGCAAAACUGAAUAGAAAGCAAACUAAUGUAGCAACCAUACUUAGGCUAUAGAAUAUAGCUACACAACACAGUGCAAAAAAGUAGCUUCAAAAUAGUAUAAACAAGUGGUUUGAACUACUUGAAAAAGCAUACAAAACAAAUAAAUAGUGGAAAGACAACAGCAAAGUAACGGAACCGUGUAAUGAAGCAUAUGAAAACGUAAAAAAUAACUGUUCUAAACAGAAGCCAGAGGCGGUAAACCAACUUUAAACCUAAUUCAUAAGAAAGCAUUGGUAUGAUAGCGAGCGCGAGCGGAGGAUAGUGCAACAGAUUAAUGAAGAACGUUUUUAAAACAAUAGUAAGGUACGGUAAUAUAUACACACAAACGCGCGAUUCAGGGGCAAACAAACACUCGGCAGACAGUACGACCUUUACUAGUACAAUAGUUAACACACACACGCCAACUACAAAUUUUUUGUUAUUUAAAGGCUAGAAUAAUGUUUUUUUGUUUUCAUUUUUCACACAAAUUCGGAUUGUUUGGAUUACUUUGCCUUCAUUUUGCAGUAAGCCACAUUAAUUUCAAAUUUAUCACCAAUACUUAAGGCAACAUCUGUCAAAGAACGCAUACUAUGUCCCUACAAUCAAUUGUUUGUCAAUACGUAAGGUCCUACUGUUCGUAAAUGUGGUUUAAACUACAAAAAAGGAAAGCCGUUGUUCGCAGUAUAAACAAAAUGCAGAAAAGACAAAAAAAGUAUAAAAACUAUACAAAACAAACAAAACAAAAGUAGUAGAAAUAUGUAGCCGCGCAUACAAGCCUCUGCGAAAGCAGAACCACAUCUCAUACACAGGCUACUGCUGCUACUACUACUACUACUAUGUACUCUACCACUGCUAUGACUACUCUAAAAGUCCCUCAACUAGCGCUCAGACAGUGGUUGAAAGGAGAAUGCGUUUUCGUGUGUUAUGUGUAUUAUUACUAUCUUUUAAGAAAAGGUGUCCGCCAGCAGGCCAAAGCCACCCACGUGGUAAGGCUUGAUAAAAGGAAGGGUGUUCAUGGUUAGUUGAUUGGUCAUUGCGUUCUAGUGUUUGAUGCGUUAACAUCCUAGAUAAGAAGUGUAAAGGACGAUGCCUUUCUUCACACACACAAUUGCACACGAGCUCUGCGGGCAAAGUAGUUAGUAGGUGGUGAAUACUGUGACGAUGGACGACAGGGAUAGAUUAAGCGGGGGGAGAGAGCGACAGGUAUUGUGUGGGGAUGGAAAGGUGUACAGAGCGGAGUGCGUUUGUUAUGAUUGUUGAACGGAUAAGGAAGGGAGGAAGCUUUCCCAAUGUUAGGAAGAAAACGAGGUUAUAUGGCACACGGUGGAACGAUAGGGGGAAUGCAAGUGAAGUGAUGCAAAGUAAGCAACAGUUGGUUGAGUUGCGUGCGCCAAUGUUUCACAUCCUUAUUCUGUUAGUGUUUUAGAGCGCGCUAUUUACGUUAAUGUUUUGUAUAACCUUCCUCAGCUAUGAAUCGAACACACACCCACAACACACCACUACGCAACCACUGCGCGCUUAUUUUGUUUACGCGCGUGUGUUUUGUAAGCGUUGUGCGUGCGUGUGCGCGCGUUCACUGUGCCUGUUCCUCUCCGUGUGUGCGUUAGUUAAGGUUAAGUUUGUGACUUAUUGCACUGUAUUAGCAUAUGGCUGACAACGAGAAGCGUUCAGUUUUUCCCCAUGAAGAGGAUCCCGCAGGAACCUCUCGGCAUUCGCGUUGUUGUAUGAUGAGUUUGUUCAAAAUUGUGAGUGCACAGAAAAGGGAGUGAAGAGCAAUGUUUUGAAAAGUCAUUUUAUCCUCCGUUAAACUUUCAUUAACUUCGAUCGCAGCAAGUGGAGUGGUAGACCAGGGCGAAUCGGAAAUGUGUGCGCGUUUGCUCUCUCUCGCUCUCUCUGUCACGAUAAUCAAAAUGAUUUCGAUCCAAAUUAUUCACAAACAAAAAAGCGCAGUAAAUAGUGAGACAAGAUUGUAGAAUCCCAGAGUUGCAAGAUUUCAGUGAACCUAGUUUUCAUGUAAAAUGCAGAGUAGGGGAUAGGGAUGUUUUUUUUACUGCAAAAUUACUUUUAUUCAUUACUAUUGUGAGUGCUGUGGGGAUGAGAGCCGGUGCUGCUGCCGCGCCUUCCUACUAUUAUUACGAUUAUGAGUUAGAAAAGUUACAUUUACGAAGAUGAGAUAAUUUGUAUAGACACAACCAAUCAAUAAUAAACUGAAAAC